AACAUCUUAUUAUAUUAUAUAUAUAUAUAAAGAGAAAGAUGUGUAUAUAUAAAGAGAAAUGUGGUGUCAAUUCCGUCAAAUUAAAAAGCAAACAAAUCUGUAAAAAUCUAAAAAAAUUAUGAAUUCUAGAUUUUAACUACUAAUUAUAUCAAUCUAAAAUUAAUUGAACACGAAAUCCACCGCCCAUUUUCCAAAAAUAAAACCUUCUUCUUCUUUCUCUCUCUCUCUCCCCCCUUUCGUUUAAAAUAAAUUUCACCAACCACGAAAGAAAAGAACAGUAAUAUGUAACGUCUUUCUUCUUCUUCUUCUUCUUCUUCUUCUUCUUCUUCUUCUUUCUUUUCUUGUUCUCAUCUCAUCGGGAUUGACAAUGAUUCCCUUCUUCUCAGCUUUUCUUCUUCUGUUUCUCGAUUCUCGGAUUAUGUCCUCCCAUUUCUUCUACUCGAUCUUUUAGCCGGUAGAGGAAGAGAACAAAAUUGGUUUUUGAGAUUUUGAAAUUGCAGAAAAGAUAUCGGAUAAAAAAAUAUUGCAGGGAAAAAAAAGAAGAUCACAGAUGGAGAGCCCUCUAGGGUUCAUGGCGGUCUUCGCUGUCUCCGGAAGCGUGGUGUUCCUCGCGACUCAGUUUCACAAACGUCUCCUCUCUGAUUUCAUGGAUAAGAUCGAAUUCGAACUCCGAUCGCAGAAAUGCAUGACGAUGAAGAAGAAGGUGAGAUUCGCGGCGGACGUGGUGGAGCCGUCGGGGAACAACGAUGAGUAUCGCCGGAGACAUUCGAGAGGCAGCAACAGCAUCAAUCAUGGUCACGAAUCACAUGAUCAUUAAUAUGCCUCUCAACAGGCAUGUUUUUGUACAAAGGAAUCAUAUGAUAUAAACACCAACCAUCUCUGAUCUCACCAAACUUUGAAUUUCUUUUUUCUUUCUUUUUUUUUUUUCCUGAUCUUCGGUGAUUCAAGAAUCUAGGCAAGUAGUCGGAUGGUCAAACUUUUCUUCCUUUUUUUCCCCUUAAUGUUACCUGUAAAUUGGUAUCUAUGUAAAUACAAUACAUAAAUGUUUUGAUAUUGUUUGCUUUUA